UAGCUUUGCAAGCUGUCAGGCUCCCUGGCUUUGGGGGUCCAAACUAGCCAGCUUUCCCUUCUGGAUCUGCUGGCCUAAUUCUCAGCCGCAGCUGCCACCUUGGGUCCCCCUCCUCAAGGCAAUCUCCCUGCAUGUUUGGCGGCAUGGAGAGGAGGGGCUGAGGGAAAGGGAGAGAGAAGCAGAGAAGGGACUCUGGCUAAUCUGAUGUUGAUGAUCCGAAAGGCUUCCCAGCGCCAGUGCCCUCUGCCAUCAACUCUCCAGGGGAUUUUUUUCGGUGCUAGGCACUCUUCUCUUCCGCCUUUGUCUCCUUAAGAAAGUUAAACCUAGAUACACAAACACACAUACAAACCACCAGGAAAGAAAAAAAAAAUCAGCAGGAGCAGGCAGGCGAGCACGCGCGCACGGGCUCAGCUCUGUCCUGGAGGAAGAGCGGCGCAGGCAGAGAGACGCUGGGGUUGGCAGUGACCCAGACUGAGGUCUCCUGGCCCCCCAGGAGCCUCCUUCAUGGACCCAGAGAUCGCCAGAGGGGCUGCAUCAGUGUAGGAUGGGCAACUGCGUCAAGUCCCCACUGAGAAACCUCUCAAGAAAGAUGCGCCAGGAGGAGAAGACCAGCUACAUGGUGGUGCAGACAAGUGAGGAGGGACUGGCUGGCGGCGGCGGCGAGCUUCCAGGACCACUCAUGAUGCUGGCCCAGAACUGCGCUGUCAUGCACAACCUUCUGGGUCCCGCCUGCAUUUUCCUUCGAAAGGGUUUUGCUGAGAACAGACAACCUGACAGAUCAUUACGACCAGAAGAGAUCGAAGAGCUCCGAGAGGCCUUCCGAGAAUUCGACAAGGACAAGGACGGCUACAUCAACUGCCGGGACCUGGGGAACUGCAUGCGCACCAUGGGCUACAUGCCCACCGAGAUGGAGCUCAUUGAGUUGUCCCAGCAGAUCAACAUGAACUUGGGUGGCCAUGUGGAUUUUGAUGACUUUGUGGAACUAAUGGGACCUAAGCUCCUGGCGGAGACAGCAGAUAUGAUUGGUGUAAAGGAACUGAGAGAUGCCUUUCGAGAGUUUGACACCAACGGCGAUGGGGAGAUAAGCACCAGUGAGCUUCGAGAGGCCAUGAGGAAGCUCCUGGGCCAUCAGGUGGGUCACCGAGACAUAGAAGAGAUUAUCCGAGAUGUGGACCUCAAUGGAGAUGGACGAGUGGACUUUGAAGAGUUUGUCCGGAUGAUGUCCCGCUGAGGCCGCCAGGGCUCCUCCAGGACUGCCAACUCCCACAGGCGGGGAGAAGAGCGGAGCUCGCCUCACUCCGCAGUAGAUGCCGAGAGCCCAGGAUGUAACUGGCGGAUGGGGCCUGCCUGCACCCCGGGGAGGUGCCCACCCCGGACCCCCACCCCUCCGCACUGUGAAAGACUCACAACUCCUGCAACUGGAAAAAGGGAGGCGCCCGCCGGCGAGGAGGCCACAGUGCCAAGCCGGUAGAGGACAUGUAAGGCGCCAAGUGCCAUGUGCCCAGCCGCUGCUGGCUGGGUGGGCCAGGGAGCCCACCAGCAGACCCCACACAGCAUGUCUGCCCCGGGGCAGAGCUUUUCAGCGCCCUCCUGAGCUCUACGCCCGCCCCAGCUCGCCUAGCCCUUUGAUCUCAGAACCAAUAAAAAAAAAACCAGAAUGACA